AUGGUUGGCAUUGAUUCCACCAUCAUCCUCGCCACUAACCAAUCCAUCCUUCGUGUUGUUAGGGAUGUUUCCCGUUGUUGCAGUGUCGGAUUACCUGGAGACUUCAUGAAAGAUUACAUUAAUUUGUCUAGAAGGGUAGCCUUGUUUUCACAUUUUUUUGAGGAAAUUAGGGACUUUAAAGGCAAUUUGAGGUUGUUGGAUGAAUUGGCUUCUUCGUCAUCUUCUUCAUCUUGCUUAUUUUACCUAAUAGUUACCCUUCAAGCUGCGAAAAAAGCUACUUGUUCUAACAACGACAUCAACAUUCUUGGUCAAUCAUCACUAUUCGACAAUAUAUUGUCAGGAAUAACAUUGGAUGCUCCUUUCAUAGUGAAUACAAAUGAAUAUAAGUUUGGGUAUUACCUUAUAGAUGAAAUAUAUCCAACAUAUUCAACAUCUGUGAAGCCAUUUCGAAACCCAAUAGAACCAGGAGACAAAAUUUUCAAAUGGAGACAAGAAGGACCACGUAAGGUUGUGGAACGUGCUUUUGGAAUUAACAAGUCAAAAUGA